CGCACCCUUUCCUAGAUCUCCUUCAUUUAACAGCACUUCCCUCUCAAAAAAAAAAAGUAUUAAAAAGAAAAACCGUCAGAUCCUUUGUUUUUUAAUUCCUCUCUCCGUUUGUUUCUCGAGAAAAUAAGACUCUCAAAUGACAUGAAGUAAAGAGGUUGACGUCGCCGCUGUUUGGAGGAGGUGUUUAAAGCAUGACGUCAGGGACGAGGAUGCCGACGUGGAAGGAGAGGGAGAACAACAAGCGGAGAGAGAGGAGGAGGCGAGCGUUCGCGGCGAAGAUAUUUGCGGGGCUACGAAUGUAUGGAAACUACAAGCUUCCGAAGCACUGCGACAACAACGAGGUCUUGAAAGUUCUCUGCAACGAAGCUGGUUGGACCGUCGAAGAAGACGGUACCACUUACAGAAAGGGAUGCAAACCAGUGGAUCGCAUGGACAUCGUAGGUGGUUCUGCAUCAGCUAGUCCAUGCUCAUCAUAUCACCCAAGUCCUUGUGCAUCUUACAAUCCAAGUCCUGGUUCAUCUUCCUUCCCAAGCCCAGCUUCAUCCCAUUACACAGCCAAUGCCAAUGGCAAUGCUGAUGCCAAUUCCCUAAUCCCGUGGCUCAAAACCCUUUCCUCUGGCUCAUCUUCAGCUUCAUCCAAGCUUGCUCACCAUCUCUACAUUGCUGGGGGGUCCAUAAGUGCUCCUGUCACCCCACCAUUGAGCUCCCCAACUUCCCGGACUCCUCGAACAAGAAAUGACUGGGAUGAAAGGAUUGCUGGCUCAGCUUGGCCUGUGCAGCGUUAUUCUUACCUUCCUUCAUCCACUCCACCAAGUCCUAGCCGUCAGGUUUUUCCUGAUUCAGGAUGGCUUUCCAGACUUGAAAUACCCCAAAGUGGGCCAACAUCCCCUACAUUCAGCCUUGUCUCUGGAAACCCGUUUGGAUUUAAAGAUGAGGCUUUAUCAGGUGGAUGUUCACGAAUGUGGACUCCUGGGCAAAGUGGCACAUGCUCACCAGCAUUUCCUGCAGGUGUUGAUCAAACAUCGGAUGUUCCCAUGUCUGAUGCGAUUGCUGCUGAGUUUGCAUUUGGCAGUAACGUAACAUGGUUAGUGAAGCCUUGGGAAGGAGAAAAGAUCCACGAGGAAUGUGUAGCCGAUGAUCUUGAGCUUACACUUGGAAAUUCAAAAACCAGGUAAUUUGGGAUCGAUUUAUGGUUUUGCGCCUGCACGUAAAUUUUCAUAUGCUGCUUCUGUUGUCUAAUGAUUUGUUUCCAAGGAGCAGAUAGAGCUUCAAUAAAUGAGAAUGAUAAUCAAGCAGCACUUGUGGAAGAGGUUGAGAAUAUUCUCCGUGGGUCUUCAUUUGGCUUCGCUCUUCUCUAGACCAGGAGUUAAAUUUCGUGUCAAAAUCAAAGAUCUGUGUUCCCGUUGGCAACUGUACUAUCGAGUUAGUACAAUGACUUGAAGCAUCUGUUCCAAGUUCCAACCCCUUUCCCCCACCCCAUCUCUCCUUUCAACCAAAAGAGAAACGAAAGAUUAAUUUAUAAAUAGCUCAUAGCUGUGAAUUUGCUCCUUAAGUGUAGUUCAUUCAUCCAUUUCAUAUUUUUCUAUCUGAACAGAAAUUCGAGUAAUAGCAUUGACAACUGCAUUAGCCGUUUGGUGUAAUCGUGGUUUUGUGGUUGAAAGUGAUUUUAAAUGCGUGAGAUUUCUCAUCGCAUCUUAAGUUUGGACUCUAGUGAUUGUAUGAACUUGUGAUGUGUUUUUGGUUGAAUCAAUCUUCAUUCAAUCUGCAAGUCUUCUCCUUUCAACAAGUUCAUUGUUUUUGAAAUGCAACUCAAAAACCACCCUGACCGAAGAAAUCAAAGUAUA